GAGGUAAUAAUGCCUAAAAAACAGCCACAGUUCCCAUAACAACGGCUGAAAAUAGUGCUUCAGCGUAAUCAAGAUGGUGGAUGAUCAUUUGACAUUUGAGCUAUCCGAUUACAAUUUGAGUUGUAGAUAUGCAAUGACUGAAGAAUGAAAUAGUGAGGUCUCUGCUUGGAAAAUAAAACAUAUCCAUGACGACUUACUACAGUCGCCACAACAUGCCAGGUGUUCCAAGACAAACAGGAUACACGGGAAGUUAUGGAACCUCAUCAACCAGAGUUUCCACGAGGCAACGGGCAUCCAGUUUAAGUCGCGAAAACAGUGCAACUAGGAGUUACACUCCAAGCAGCAAACCACCAAGGCCUUUACCCCAUGGCCCAGGGCCUUUAGACAGCUAUGGCAGAAAAAUUGAUGGCACAAACUACAAAAUAAAAACUACCUCAACCUCAGGUCUCCAUUCCAAUGGACCCCUCAAAGCUACCAAUAAUUAUGCCAGUACAUAUACAAGUUCAUACAGCCCAAGCUAUGGCACGGGGCUCGGCUCCGGGACCUCUUCUAGACCCUCCAGUGGUCUGAAAAAUCGGAGGUCCACGAGUAUUUCUAAUAUAAGUGAUACAUUGUCAGAUGUUAGAUUAACUGAUUCGGAUUCGCGGAGAAUAAGGAGCAGAGAGGAGUCGAAUGGGCUUUCAUCUUACAGGUCUUCUCAUGAUGAAUAUACUCCAAGAGGCUCCAAAGCAAAACUAGACAAUGAUGACAUAUUCAAUUCAUCAAGAACAAGUUCCAGGAAUAGUAGAUUGUUGAAGGAUAACAGCUCUUUUGAUGAAAGUUACACUCCAUCAAUAAGUAGGAAGAGAGAUGCCAGCUUACCACCCAUGUCCAGGAAGGAUUCCAGUCCCCUGGACUCUAGACCAUCAUUAACAGGGCAGAAUUCUAUAUCCCCCGUAAAUGCCAAUGGAUCCUUGUCUCAUCAUAUGAAUGGUGGAAAAGUUGGUCUGAGAAACCUGGGAAAUACUUGUUUCAUGAAUAGCGUACUACAGUGCCUUAGCAACACCAAACCUCUGCUGGAGUAUUUUCUGAGGGAUGACUUCACUUUUGAUAAAAACACCACCACUAGCUCUAUGAAGGGCCAGCUUGUCACAGCCUAUGCCAACUUGAUGAAGUCAAUGUGGAAUGAAAGAAGCGAUUCUCAAGUGUCACCAAAUUCCUUCAAGACCCAAAUUCAGAGAUUUGCUCCAAGAUUUAUGGGAUAUGCCCAGCAGGACGCUCAGGAGUUCUUGCGGUAUCUGUUGGAGGGCCUUCACGAGGAUGUGAAUAAGGUGACAAGUAAACCUAAGCCUGUCACCAUCCAGGAUGAGGAUUUCAGCAAUGAUCAGGACAAGGCCAAAGAAUAUUGGAGAGUUUAUCUCACCUAUGACAACAGUCACAUUGUUGAAAUAUUUGUAGGGCAGCUGAAAAGUGAAUUGAGGUUUGAUUGUGAUCAUCGUUCCGUCACCUUUGACCCGUUUUGGGAUUUAUCAGUGCCGAUUCCUAAAAUGCGCAAUGAUGUAAGCAUCAUACAGUGCCUAACAGCGUUUAUGAAGGCUGAAGUACUGGAUGGAGAUGAAAGACCAACUUGUUCAAAAUGUAGAAAGAGAAUGAGAUGCACAAAAAUGUUUUCCAUACAACGAUUUCCUACCAUAUUGGUAUUACAUUUAAAAAGAUUCAGUCAAGGCAGAUACAGCCAGAAAGUUUCAACAUGUGUGGAUUUUCCACAAGUCCUUGACAUGACAGAAUACUCAUCAGAGAAAGGAGGAAAGCGAGUGCUGUACAACUUGUAUGGAGUCAGUAAUCACAGUGGUGGGGUCCACUCUGGUCAUUAUACGGCCAACUGUAAACACCCCUACAGUGGCGAGUGGAAUGUUUUCAAUGAUACGAGGGUCAGUCCUACAAGUGCUAGUCGAGCAGUUUCUUCGGAGGCCUACCUCUUGUUUUAUGAGAGAGUGAUGGACCCGUCUCGUCUAUGAUCAAAGCGGCUUCUAAGACUGAUAUCAGAACAUUAUUCUACUGUUCAGGACUGAAAAGUGUGUCAGCAUUAAAAUUCUGGUUUGGGAAUUUAUCACAUUCAUUACUGUAAAAUUCACUAUUUUUUUGGAGAAAAUAUUGAGCUUUCUUUACCUGUUUACAUUUCCCCACUUUAGCUCAUCAGCAUUUUCCCUCUCCCUGAUUUUCGUUUAACUAAUGUCUUCUUUGCAUGUUUACAUACAUGUGCACACAUGUACUUGUUCCUAGAAUCAUAUUGGUCAAAACAGUAUAAUAUAUUAUGUUAUUGAACAUGUGCACGACUUAUCAGACUUUCAGUCCAAUUUCUUAGAUUGGAUUUCAGUUGAGAAAUAUUAUGCAAAAUUACAUUGUUAUGGUAAAAAUGUAGAAUAAAGUUAUAUUCUAUGCAUUUUCAUGGAGUUGUAAAUACAUGUACUUGGAGUUAAAUUUUUUGUGGUUGUUAUAAAUUACAUGAUAUUGUUAUUUACUGUUACAAUUAAUGAAAUCAAAGUAUGUGACAACUGGUUAAAUAUUGAAGGAAGCAUACAGCUUAAAUUGACAUGGAGUAAAGUUUGUUCAUGGAAGGAAUAAACCCAUGAAAAUUCAAUGAUUCAUUUAUUACUUGUUAUUGUUGGAAUUGUUGUACAUUAUAUAUCAACAUAUGAACUUAACACAAUUUGAUGAUAGUUGUACAAAGUAGAACUAAUUUAUUGCUAGCGUUGAAGAAUGAAUGUGUUAUAAUGUGGAGAGCCUUCUGAUUUGUAAUGAUUACUGUUUAUUAUAAGACUUGAAGUUCGAAUCACAAAGAUAUUGAGAAGGUUGUCAAGAAAAAAUAAGCAUUCUGUGAUAUGUGAUUUUUAGGCAUCAUGUGAGUUUUAUUGUUAUUAUGAACAAGGUCUCGCUUAAUUAUGUGCAGACUGCAUGUAUUUAUAAAUAUCAUGUUUGGAAUCGUAUCCCCAAAAAAUUUGAUUUUUUUUUUAACGUCAAAGUUUAUUUGACUUAUGUUUGAGAUUUGAAUUGUAACAAUCCUUUUUUUAACCUCAAGGAUAAUAAACUACGGUUAAACUUUUUUAAUUGAGGUCGAUAAAAAUAGAAUGCGUAUAAAGAGCAGGGAGGUGGGGGGUUGGGGGCUUUCCAAUGCUUAACUGGAUUUUGAUAAAUAAUGUACAUUUCUUUCUUUUUUUUUAUUGGUAAGUCCACAUGUAUCCUUAUUGUGAUUAAUUGUAAAUAAGUACAUGUACUUGUUAAGUGUGCUUCCUUUAUUACCAGGGCAACUCUUCUCUUUUUAUUACUGUACACACAUUUUAGUCAAAAUUUUAUAUUUACAUUUAAACAACUGCAUGUGCACCUCCAAAAUACCUGAUGACCUUUAGGUAUGUUAUUUAAAUGUUUUAUUAUAUCAUGAAUAAACUUUUUAAAAAAUUGUUUUAUCAUUGAGCAGAGUAUUUUAAAGAUACAUGUAUUCAACACAAUUUAGUCCAGUUUUUAAUACCUCACACAAACUUAUGUGAUAUCACGUUUAAAUACAUGUAGCUGGCAAUUAUAGGUUUACUUGUUUAGUUUUUUACAAGUUUCUAAAAAAAAAAUUAUGAAGAUUAAUAUUAAAAUUUGUGAACUUUUUUUCACAAAAGUUUCUUUUAGUUGCUGUAAUGACAUUUUUUAUUGGGUCAGUGCUUUAAUUAUUUUAUAAAAUCAAUAAGAAGUCACCAAGAGUUGGAAAUUGCUAUAUAUUUUUCAACUACCGGUAGCUGUUUUAAUUUAUUCAAGAUAUUCAAUUUCAACACAAACCGUCCAUUUGUUUUGUUUUUGUCCUGUUUUAUCAUUUUAACUCUGAGCACAAAAUGAAUUGUAUCUAUAAAUUAUGAAUUAGUUCUUUUAUGUGUAUACAUAUUUAGUUUAUUGACAAAAUAUUUACAAGCUAAAUGUUAUUACAUGAACAAUGUAUUCUGAUCUUCAUGAUUCACAUACUAUGUAUGUAUGAAAUGUGCAUUUGAUAGAAAUUAUAUCUGAAGACUGCAUGCAGUGAAAAUGUAAACAUACUCUUGAUAAUUUUGCUGGAUAUUUUCUUUAUUGAUCUUUACUACAAAUUUAAAUACACUGGUAAAAUUUUAGGAAAGAGUGGAUUCUGAACAUCUUUUUUUAAUAAGAUAAUUUUCAUCAUAUGAAGAGUAAGUGAAUAUUAAUUGAUACCUUUGUUUUCAUUUUGAGGUUGUUUUUGUUUUCAAUAUUACUGCAAGACAUUGUCCUUAGUUUGAGAGAUUUUAAUCACUUGCCUUCAAUAAAUAGUCAUGAAAAUAUGUAAA